AAUAUUAUAUACUCCAUCCAGACCAAGGAAACCAAAAACCAAAGAAGCUGCCUAUAGUUUAUUGUCUUCUACAAUCAACAACUACACAGAAGAAGAAACCAAAGAAGAAGACCAAAGCAAGAAGAAGAAGAAGCUAUGAGCUGCUGUUGCGGAGAUGAUUGCGAAUGCAGGCCUUUGGGGUUUUUAAUUGGCCUGCCCUUUGCCUUCAUCUCUCUUCUCCUCUCCGUUGUGGGUGUGUUCAUCUGGAUUGUCGGGUUGGCGUUGACGUGCAUAUGUCCAUGCUGCUUGUGCGUGACGAUCGUAGUUGAGCUUGCACUGGGGUUGAUCAAGGCUCCCUUUUCGGUCAUGAAGUGGUUCACAUCUAAGAUUCCUUGUUAGAUUUCACUAUUUGAUAGUAUUUUUUGUUCAUUGGUUGUUGACCUUCAAAAGGCAUGGGGUCCUUUUGUUCCCCAGCCCAUCCUUGUUCAUUCAUAGUUUCUUUCGAUCUUUCCUCUUUCUAUUCAUUUUUGUUGAAUAUUUAUUCAAUGAAUUUAUGGGGUAAUAUAUCAAAAUUUGUGUUCCAGUUAGAA